AUGUCCGACCAAACCCCUACCUCUCCUGCUAUCCCCGUCAACCCAAUUGGCCCAGCACCACAGAUACACGACCGACUAUCAUGCAAAGUGGGCAAAGACCCCGAGUUCGUCUCCGGAUUAGCCCUCCUGUUCGAUCUUCUUCGAAUCCCCUACGUUCUCGUGGGGGAAGCGUAUCGAAAAAUUCUCGGGGAUGCCCGCAUCAUAUGCAACUUCGAAUUCCUCAUCGAAGAUAUCUUCCUAGGCCGCGCCUGCUACAUGUUAUGGGCAGCAGGGUUUUACAGAUUUAUCACCCCAGCGCAGCCAGAUGGUUCCGGAGCAGCCAGGGACCCUACCGUUUGUACUCCCCUUGCGGUGUGUGACGCUUUGUUCUGUGUGCCCAUAUCGGGUCCUGAUGAUCUGGGGGUCUACGGUAUCCAUCGACAUAUCUGUCUUUAUCAGAGAACCAGGAUCUUGCCGCAGCUCACUCGGAUCGGCACCGGGGUGUCCGAUUUUGAUCACCUGGACUUCCGGCUAGCCGAUGAUACUCGGCUGCCUCAGUUGCGCGUUUGCCAUUCCCAACAGUGCUUGCAGAAUCAGACCCUUGACCUCGGUGCUUGUAUCUGUCAGAGCCCUCUCCCUGUGUACGGGGGUGGUCGGUACCCGAACGGCCUCCAUCCGGUCAAGAUCCUCAACCCUGAACGGUGGGGGUGA